CAGGCUUUUGCGGAAGCGGCCACGGGCGGGUUCCUGCUCUUGUGUCCGGUCCAGGGCUGCAUCUGGCAAAGAAUCAAUGCACGGGCUGGCUGGCGGGCAUCCCCCCAGAAAACGCUCUGGUCAAAAUAGAACUGGGGGAAAAGAUGAGGAAAAUGAAAUGUCUGGUGAAUGCAGGUGCAACACAUUCUGUAUUAAAUAUAGAGUUGGAAAAAAUUGGUCCUGGUAAAGUUUUGAAUAUUAGUGGAGCCACAAGUCACCAGCAGAAGUUAUCCCUUUCAAAACCACAAUCUUAUAAACUGGGAAAAGGAGUAGGAAUUCAUCGGUUCUUAUAUAUGCCUACGCCCCCCAAUCAUCCCUCACAGAUGGGAGUGGCUUUGUAGGAGCAGAAUCAGUGACAAGAAGUCUCCAUAAGAUAGAGCAUUCUCCCACCACUGUAGUGAUCUGACCCUAAAACGGAAAAAAAUAACAAGUCAACACAGGGAAAGAGUGGAGUGAGACGUGGACACCGGUAAGAACCGGUAAGCACAGGGGGCAAGCCCAGAUCAGGUGACAGUGCUCUUACCAUCCAAAGCUGACUAAGGACCAUGAGAAUCAAGAGAGUAACCUGUACUGGACCCCUAUGGGGGUUGAUAGCAAUAACGACUGUGAGUCUCCAGGAGAGCUCACCAAACUCCUGUGAUAAGUGCUAUCAUGCUGUCUAUACCGGAAAUGCGCGAAGCGCAGUUCUCAGAUUCCACACUAAUCUUAACCCUGAGUGUGUUGACUUGUCACAAUUACAAACCUGUGUAGAAGAUGGAAAAACCUAUUGGCUAUUUGAAAAUGAAGGGACCCCUAAACAGAAACUAGUGGGGGAAUGCCCUACAAGGGAGAAAUGGUUCUGCACUGACAAGAAACCAGGGAAUAAGGUUUGGACUUAAUGGAAAAGGAUUGGACUUAAAAAAAGAAAAAGAAAUAAAAAGGGUGAAUAAACCAGGGGUAGAAACAAAAUUACCGAAUGGAAAGAAUUUGUUUUCAGAUCUAGUAGAAAGAAUUAGCCAUGAGUUCAACGUAUCGAAUAUAUGCUGGAUAUGUGGGGAUACCAGGAGGUCAGAAAUAUGGCCCUGGGAAGGAAUCGCGCUCAGCCCUCAAGAAACUCUAAAAGCAAUGAAAAACCUAGAUAGAGAUCGAAAACCAGACGUCCAAAAUGCGGAAGAAGUUUGGAACUUAAAGUCCGAGGUAAUCGGGGAAGAAUGUAUAUGGAGAAAAGGACUGAACUUUCUUUCCUAUGUAGGUGAACUGUCUUGUAAAAGGUAUCUAACUACUAAUGAUACCCAUGAGUGGUGGAUUCCCCAGAGUAAACAUCUGUAUUGGGCACAAAAACAAAAGCCAGGCUCAAACUGUUCAUUUAUACAAAGAGAACAAUUGUAGGAGUGUCUAGCUAAAGAACCAAAUCUAUUUCAAGACGAACCCUGGUUGUCUAAAUUUUGGAACAAAAAUGAAGUUAGAAAUACCAGAUCACUAAAAUUCUGGAAAGGCCCAAAAGGAUUGUUUUGGAUUUGUGGAAAGAUGGCAUAUGUGAUGCUACCAAAAGACUGGAAGGGCAGUUGUACAUUAGGUGUAAUAAGAGUGUCAUUCUUUUUACUUCCAAAAGAUGACCAUCCAGAUUUAGGGGUACCCCUCUAUGAUGAAUUAAAACGUCAAAAGAGAUAUCUAAUUGGAGGAACCCAGAGCUGGGGAGACGAAGAGUGGCCCCCAGAGAGAAUUAUUGAAACCUACGGCCCUGCCACCUGGGCACAGGACGGUGCAUGGGGGUAUAGAACCCCCAUUUACAUGUUGAACACAAUUAUAAGGUUACAAGCACUUCUAGGAAUAGUUUCUAAUGAGACAGCUUUAGUUUUAGACUUGUUAUCAGUACAGAGCCGCCAGAUGAGGACUGCCAUAUAUCAGAACCGGCUAGCCUUGGACUACCUGCUGGCCGAAGAAGAAGGGGUAUGUGGAAAGUUUAAUUCAUCUGAAUGUUGUCUAGAAAUUGACAAUCAUGGGGACCUAAUUAAAAAUGUAACCACCAGGAUUAGAAAACUCGCACAUGUACCAGUACAACGAUGGACCCCAUUGAUAAAAGCUAAUUGGUGGGAUAACAUCUGGAAUGGAGAAUGGUGGAAAAAGAUACUGCUUAUAGGGGGAGGGGGGUUGGGGGGGGGACUCAUAAAUUUAAUUUUCCUUCCUUGUUUAAUACCUUGUCUUAUCAGAAUGAUUAAUAACAUUGUCCAGACUUCUCUUGAAGGGUUAACAGAUGAGAAAAUUAUGCUGAUGAAAGAAAACCAAGACAGAAAAGGAACAGAGAGCGCAAAAGAGAUGUAUGAGAAAUACCAGAAGUUAAGAGAAUUUUACCAAAAGUAUGAAAUCCAGUUUGAUAAGUUAAGGCUGAUGCGGGCCAAGCCCGAUCAAAGAAUUAGAGGGGGGAUUGUUAUGAACAAAAAUAAAAUUUAAACCUUUGGGGAACGUAGUUAACAAUGGUUAAAUGUUGUUAAUACAAGGUAAAUGUUGUUAAUACAAGUUAAAUGUUGUUAAUACCAGUAACAAAGUGUGAUUAGUUCUAUGAAAACCCAGUAGUGUGGUUCAUGUAUAAAGGGGGAGUGGAACCAGGGAGGUGAUGGGUUGCCAAUCUUUGUGCAGGGGCAGAGAAACUUUCAGGAGUAUUCUGUCAUAGAACACAACCACAACUUAAAUCAAGAUUGGAAGAGAGACCAGCCAAUGGGAGGUGAGAAUUCCAAAAUGAUUGGCCAAGACUGCACCAACUUAUAAGUCAAUCAGCAAUGGAGAAAUAGACCUGUCACAGCACAGAUCCUGAGCGCCCCAAUCAGGAGACAAGAGAGAGACUUGAAAAGGCCUGGGGUGUCUAACUCCCGCGUCUUUCCUGGGAGCCGCUUUCCCUGAAAACACCCCUAGGUUACAAUUACUAAGCUGUUGAAACAGUAUCUGGACUUGCCUGAGGCUUUUGCGGCCAGUUGUUCAUUUUGUAAUAAAGAAGCUUACUUUUUUAAUCAA